GAGAGAGCUCGAGUUCCACUAUUUCAAGAUCCACGACUUCGACGAAAACGGGAUGCUGGACGGACUGGAGCUCCUCUCCGCCCUCAUGCACGUGCACACCUCCCCCGACGACCACGACGACCACGACGACCACGAUGGCAAGGACGAAAAGGACGACAAGGACGACGAAGAGGACAAGACUGCCAAGCUGCAACGGGAGCAGGAACUCAAGCGACAGCUCCGAAGGGACAUCGCUCUAUACACGCAUUUGAUCGACCAAGUCCUCGCCGAGGACGACCUGAACAGGGACGGUUUCCUCAGCUACUUCGAGUUCUCCCUUGGAAGACGACGCGAGGAAAAGUUGCUAAAUUCCUAGUCUAUAAACGAAGAAACGUUCUGACAGUAAAAGGUCUGAAAAGUCCAGCUCACGUGG